UGGGGGGGGGGGGAAAUCAGCAAAAAAGAAACUUAUGGAAGAAUGAAGGAGAUGGUGGGCGGCUGCUGCGUCUGUUCUGAUGAACGCGGCUGGGCAGAAAACCCUCUGGUCUACUGUGAUGGGCAUGGCUGUAACGUGGCGGUGCAUCAAGCAUGCUAUGGAAUUGUUCAAGUUCCCACCGGACCGUGGUUCUGUCGAAAAUGUGAAUCACAAGAAAGAGCCGCCAGGGUGAGAUGCGAGCUGUGUCCUCAUAAAGAUGGAGCACUGAAACGGACUGAUAGUGGAGGCUGGGCCCAUGUUGUCUGUGCUCUGUAUAUCCCUGAGGUGCAGUUCGCGAAUGUUCUCACUAUGGAGCCUAUUGUCCUCCAGUAUGUGCCCCAUGACCGCUUCAAUAAGACUUGUUACAUCUGUGAAGAACAGGGCAGGGAGAGCAAAGCAGCUUCUGGAGCCUGCAUGACUUGCAAUCGUCAUGGUUGUCGGCAAGCCUUCCAUGUUACCUGUGCUCAAAUGGCUGGACUUUUGUGUGAAGAAGAAGUCUUGGAAGUUGAUAAUGUGAAAUACUGUGGCUACUGCAAGUACCAUUUCAAUAAAAUGAAGACUUCACGCCAUUUUGGAGGUGGUUCUUUUAUUGGAGGAAGGAGGAGUCAGUCAGCAUCACCUACGCAAGAGAAGCAUGUGUCUCAUCAUGAGAAACCAAAGAAGAGUCGAAAAGACAAAGAAAGGCCUAAACAGAAGCACAAGAAGCAUUCAGAAUCACCCACAAAUCUCACACUGUCUUCCACACCCAUAGUCACUGAGAAGCAGAGUUCCACCAGCCACCAUGAGAGCAGUAAAGAACCCUCAGAGGUCAUCAGAUCGGAGGUGAAAGGCAAAAGAUCUUCAAGCCACGGCACAAGCCACAAAACCAAGAAGUCUGGAAGUGGGAAAAGCUCAAUAGGUUUUGCCUCAUCCUCAUCCAGUGUAACAUUUCCACCAGCAGGUACGUCAUGCAGCUCCUUGCCCUUCUCCCAGGACUUUGUAACCUUUCCAAAGCUUGAGCAGCAGCAGCCUGAGGAAGAGAAAUACCACAAACCCCUCUCUUCAUCCUCGUCUUCCUCCCACUGCUCUCCACUGUCGGAAGGGCAGAAAAGUGAUGUCUUUGAGCAGAAGGUGAUCUUUUCAGGUUUUGGCUCCAUCAUGCGUUUCUCUACCUCGGCUGUGAGUCAGCAGAGGGGACGGGAUGCUUCCCCUGUGGACUACAAGACCUCCAACUCAGUUGCUGGCACCCCAAGUGGGAGUGGUGGAGUCAGCAGUGGCAGCAGCCAUAAGCGCAUGCCGUCUCUUAGUGGGGAAGAAGUAGAAGUCCUGAAAGAAAAAAAGCACAAGGCCAAUAAGAAAAGUAAGCAUGGACCAGGAAGGCCCAAGGGUAGCAAGAACAAAGAAGUGCCAGGUACACAACUGAUUGGGACUCCAGGUGUCUCUUCUUUGCCUUUCUCUGGGGGAUCCCUCACCAGCUCCAGCAUCAGUGGCUCUUCACGUUCAUUCAGUCAUGGAUCCACCCUUCCAAGCCUCAGCCUAGAAUCACCACUUCUGGGAUCGGGGAUCUAUACCAGUAACAAGGAUCCCAUUUCUCAUGGGGGCGGGAUGCUGAGGACUGUGUGCAGCACUCCCCUCUCCUCUAAUCUUCUGGCUCACCAAGGCACCUCAUCACUCCCCCAGCUCACCCGCUCACCUUUUGCUGGCACCAUCCCAUCUUCCUCCUCUUCCUCCGUCUCUACUACCCAGGUCUUCUCACUGGCAGGAUCCACGUUUAGCCUCCCUUCCUCACACAUUUUUGGAAGUCCCCUCACCUCUGGACUAUCAUUAAAUCCUCUGCUCAACCAAUCUGAAAACAACAGAACAGAACCAGAUUUGGAAGACUGCAAUUUUGCUUGCCGAGGGUCAUCACCCCAAGAAAGUCUUUCUUCCAUGUCUCCCAUCAGCAGCCUCCCCACUCUCUUUGACCAGACUGUAUCAACUAGCAGUGGACAGCUGGAAAAUGUCCCCCAGGCCACACCAAACAUUGAGCAGCUCCUGGAGAAACAGGGCAAUGGAGAAGCUGGUGUCAAUAUCGUAGAGAUGCUCAAGGCACUUCAUUCACUACAGAAAGAAAAUCAGCGCCUUCAGGAGCAGAUUAUGACUUUGGCAGCUAAAAAGGAGCGCCUGCAGCUUCUAAAUGUUCAGCUCUCUGUUCCCUUCCAAGUGGUGACCACCAGCAAUGGCCCCUCAAGCCAGACCCAAUACAUCCUAGCUCCUAACACCUGCAACAGUGAUUCACUGAGUAUCAGCAAGAGCUCCCCAUGCAAGAAUAGUUUUGGUAUCGAGAAUACACUGUCCACUUCCUCUGAGGACCUUCAUUCAGGAUGCCCAAGCAGAAGCAGCUCUUCUCUGUCCUUCCACAGCACACCUCCACCUCUCCCCUUGCUGCAGCAAAGCCCUGCCUCACUUCCUCUAACUACUGUGGUCCAACAGCAGCCACCACCACCACCACCAAUGAAUGGCCUGAGCAGAGCCAUGGGGACUGUUCAUGGGGGAAGUGCCACAGCUACUCACAGCCUUGUGGAUGGUCUCCUUGGCAGUCUGGCAGGAGGACAACAGAUCCCCAUCAAUGGCAUCCUAGGAAGUUUAAAUGGCACUUUGGCCACCCAAACCCAGAAUCCAAUACUGGCACAAACCAGUGGCCCACCCAGUCUGCAGCUGUCCAUGAGCCAAAGCAGUAUGCCUAGUGUGACUCACUUUUCAGAGCAGCAGCGCCAGCUGCUCAGCCAGCCUGAGCUUCAACUGCAACAACUGCAGCAGCUCUUAACAUCGCAGCCACUCAACUCAGAGCAGCAGACAUUGAUAUUCCAGAUGAUUCAGCAAAUUCAGCACAAACGAGAAUUGCAGCGGCUCCAGAUGACUGGUUCCUCAAUGACUGGCCUUGGCCCAGUGACCACCACAUCCCUUCUCCACUCCAGCAAUAAUGCACCAUCAGCUGCCAACAGUACUCUCCUGGCCUCCAUCUCCCCUCAACAGCUUAAUCCUGCCAGCUCAUUGAUGGCUUCCCCACCGCUCAGCACCCCUGGGAACAGCCUGAUGUCAGCAACAGGAGCUGUUAUUCCACCUGUCCUUACAGCCCAAACAAACCCUUUCCUCAACCUGCAGGGUGAUGGCAGCAGCCAGAAAGGAAUGGUGAGCAUCUUAUAAGAAGGCCAGAAGCAAGAGCAUAAAUGAAAAGGGAAGUGCCUCAGUGCAAGACAAAGGCUAACUUUUGAUGAUUCUGGGCUGCUUUCUCUGCCAUAAGAAAACAGUCUCCCUGAGUCUUGGAUCCCAAAGCGUAGAGCAACUAAUAUGAAAGGCUUCCGAGAAAGUCUUCCUUGCCACAGUCACAGUGACACCAAGCGGAGGCAUGCCAGAAGUCUACGUUCCUCGGUUCUGAGCCUGUCAUUUAGUGCCCUUCUAAAAGAGACUGGUGGGUGAACACCCCUUUGCCUUGCUGGCUUGGUCUAUUCUGCUGCACUUAAGUCAUAAAAUGUUGCACUCUAGAUGGAAAGGAUGAAACAGUGUUUGACAUCCAAGAGUAUCCCCUCAAAGAUGGGACAUAUGAGCUGGACACAACCACAAUCACCUGGUGAUUAAUGUUAUUUUUGCAGAGCAUGAUAUUUCCAAAUCAGGAUUAAGAAAUCCGUCAAUAUUCACCGGUAAGAAGAUCCAGCUACAGCAAAUCAGGAUCAGAUGUUUUUGAAAUUUCCAAUAAGUAAGAAGGAAGAUUUGGAAAAGUGGUAUUUGGAGGUCCAUGUACAUGAAUCCUACACAAAGGAUUUAACUCCCAUAGGUAUUUCAGAGUUCUACAUCUUAAUUGACUCCUACUGAGGUACAGUUUAGCUGAGAAUGAAAAGCUAGUCCAGCAUAACAGACCAGUUACCUUGGUUUCCCCAAAUCUCUGCCAGCCACAUGUCUUAAAAAAAAAACUACCUGAAGGAAAUGGCCUCACUUUUUCGUCUUUGAACAAGGGACUCGUCUUUCUGUCCUUCAGAAGUCUUUGCAGGCAGUGUAUAGUUACAAAUAAUCUAGAAUCGAUGAUGAGUUAUUUCCAGCCAUUCACAAAGAGUCUUUUGUUCUCUGUCAGAUCAACCACUCAAAAGCCAACACCAAAGAGGCAGAACAAAGGUUUUGUCUAAAGGCAGGAGCUAUUCCAACCAUCUUCAAAAUCAGCUGGUAAGAACAUCUUUCCUGUGAAACAGAUCUCAGUCAUAUCCCAUUUAAGGAGAACACAGAUCUUCCAUUGCUGGAAGGUCCAUUUCCAUCUCCAUUUUGUAACCAGAUGGUUUAGCAACAGUAUGAAUUUCCUUCUCUUUCCAGGGAGAAAAAAAAGUGAAAUGGAGAUCAAGAUCAGAUAUUCUGAGAAAACCAGCUCUAUUUUGUCUUUAUUAGAUAAAUCCAAAUCUCUUAAAGAGCAAGAUUCUGGGUGAUGAAACCAACUAGGGCCUUUCAAAGUUUUCCUGCUUCCAUGAAUAUACAGUCAUUUUAGGCUCAUUCUUUGCACCUGCUCCAAUUUGCACUAUUUUCAACCACUGGCGGUGAGCAAGUACUUACAGUCCCAUAAUAACCACUGUUAUAUAAAAUAAUGUUUGGGUUUUUUCCCCCAUUGUUUGAACAAGGCAACAGUAUCUACAACAUAGAUAAGUUGGACUCUUAAAAAUAAGAUACUGAAGCAACUUUUCAUGGAUUUUUGUUUGAUUUGUUUUGUUUUAUUCAGAGAGAUUUGCUUAACUCCAAGUUUUAUUCAGACAGAUAUGUUUAGCUCCAUGCAUACUUACACACAGUUUAAGGUUUGUUUGCUUAUUUUUAUGAAGUUGUUUAAUAGCUCCUAGAAACUGUCAAAAACAGUGAAUAUUUCAAAUGACAACUGGGAAGGGUUUUUUCCAGUCAUGGCAGCUUUGCCACAGGUUAAGGAGCUGAUUGAACACUUUACUCACAUUUCAGCUGAGCGUAAACAUAGUUUUUAAUGAGAAAACUAACCCAACUCAGUGCGCUUACUCUUCAGAUAGCCAACUCAUCUUUAAAAUGCAACCAGACCAGGGCAUUCUGCUUUUAUUUUGUCCUUCAUUAGCAUGUUUACAGUAUUUCUUUUGUCCUUAUUUAGUUGCCCUAAAUAAAACGGAAUGGCUAUGAGUUGUGAUGGAAGUAAUUUGAAGUGGAGGCUAAAUCCAAUCUUUGUUCCCCUUUUCAGGCAAAUAAAGGGCUGUAUCUCCAGAGUUCUUAUUGCAACCUGCAACUGCUUUGCAGAGAAUUGUUGUUCUAUAGCAACACCAGCAAAACUCAUAAUCUGUCUAGGCCUAUGACUUUUGUCUUCUUAUCUUGGUGCUGGGGGAAAAGGCUUUUCCAACCACAGCUUCUCUUCUAGAAUUGCAAACAUGAUUUUUUUUAAAAAAAAAAUAUUGCCAUCAAUAAAUGCUUGAUAUGUAGACUACAUAACAAGGAGUAGUAGAGCAAAUUGAUUAGUAAAAUAUUUUGGAAAGAGUUAUUUAAAUAUAUAAAAGAUGUAAAACAUCAGCUGAGAAAAAUGAUCAUUCUGUUUAAAACUUUGAGGAAAAAUAUUUUUCUCUGCAAUGAGAGCAAAACUAGAUAUUGCAAAAGAAAAGGCUUUACCCCAUAUUUUCAUUGUAAUGAUAUUAGUGGAUUGGGAAAAGGCAUUUGGAGAAGAGAAUUAAAAGAUGGGAAGGGGCUGUUCAUGUGACAUUGCACAUUUGCUCAUUUAAGAAAUGUAUUUUAAAAUCUGAUAGUACUGAUUUCUUGCUAGUCCAUAAAGCUUUUGCAGGGAUAUUUUUCUCCUUUAAGCCUUUUUCUGUUUGUAUUGUGCUUUGAGCCACAAGAUGGAUAAAAUGUAUUCCUCCAAAUAUUGGUGAACUUUAAGUCUUGGGAACCGUACUCAAUAUAAUCAAUUAUGGACAAUGUGGUUCAGGAUCACCUGAAGAAUGUUAGGCUGCCCACCUUAUUUUGAGGAAUGAGACAUUCUACAAAAUUCUCAUUGCAGAAGAUCACAACACUGCAUUGGCCAUGUUUUGUGACUUUAAGUGCUCGGAAAGUGGGCGAUAUCAAGCCCCAGCUGAGCUACCAUACAAAAGUUGAAAAAAGUUUUAACAUCAGAAAUAUAAUCAUCUUUACAUUUAUAUACCAUAUUUCCUCUGGAAGCUCAAGGUAAAAUACAUGAAGAUCACCUCUUUCUUUCUUCACAUAACAAAAGUAUGAGAUAGAUUGGACUGAGCAAUAGUGAUCAUGGUCUGCUAUCGCUAUUGGUCUGAGUCUUCCUAGUCCAGUCCAACACCUGAACCAUUAAUCUACAAUGGUUGUAUGAACUUAACUGAAAAUCAACAGAUAAUUCUGCAUUUGGGGAGCAGGUGAUACUAAGACAGAAUUCAAUUUGUGAUCCUAUGUAUCAAAUGUUCCUUGUAGGCAAUUCAUCUGGAUAAAGAUAUAUAUUUAUGUAGUUUAGUUUGUCCCACCUGAUUUCUGUAGACUAAUGUAGAGGACAUAGAGAAGGGCAGGAGGAAGAAUAACAGCCAAGGCAAUAAUCAGACCGGCAUAUUUUAAACUCUUUCCAACAAGUUAGUUUGAGUUAACGUCUCAGUCCUUCCCUAGCACGAAGAUAAAGGGAGGGGAGAAGCAUAUACAGACUUGCAGGUUUCUGUAAUUAUAGCUGUCAGCAUAAAAGUAAUCCAGUCCUAUAUGGCAUUGGAUUCUUACUCUGGUUUACCUUGUAGGGUUGACAUCAGUGCAGUAUCAAUAGUGAGUCCCCAGUGAAGUGUAACUGGCAGAAUCCAUAAGGUAGAAUUACAUACAUGACUCAGUGAUACUAUUGCUUCUUGCACUCAAAGCUACACAUUCAGCUGAGAAGCACAAUGAGGGUAUAUUUAAGAAAUGCCUGCACCCAAAAGAUCAACUAGGAUGCUUUCUGAAAGCAUCCUAUCCUAAGAAUAUUCCAUUUGGGGGGGGGGGUGUUCCAAAUGUAAGAUGCAAAACUCCAGAUCACUAUUAGAUGGGAGAAAAGUGUACAUCUUUACUACCAUAUAGUGGUAUCUGGAUUUUUGAAGCCUGAAUCUGACAGCCCUACUAUUUCAUGACCAGACAGGUUUCUAUCAUAUUAUAUGGAAGAAAAAAUAAGCAGCUGAUGCUUAAAGGUAAUCUGAAAGGCUGAAAAGACCUCUCUUGGAUAAUGUAAGGAAUAAGUGCUUUUACAUGGCUCCAUUUCUCUUCCCAUGGAUAUCAAAUAGAGAACUCAAUUCCGCAGUUUUCUUCAGCAAUAGAAACCUUGUAGAGCUGCAUUAGGCAUUUUGGCUGUAUAGACAUUAUAUUUACAUUUGAGAAAAGGUUAUACUGUGCAUCAAGGAAAAAGCCAUCUGGAGACUAGGCUGGUUUGUGGAACUGUCUGGUAUACCACAUCCUUACCUCUCCAGGAACACUGUAUGUAACACAUAAAAAUCAAGUGCAAUUCUGAAAAAGUCCCAAGCAAGCACUAGUUCAGAUAAACCUGAAAGUCUUUAAAAGAGGAUUGUUGGAUGUGAAACAGUGCUUGCCUGAAACAGAAUCAGUUACAACACCAGUCACUCAGUUUUCAAUUAUAGAAAUCAGUGUGCUCAGCAAAUUUAGAAUAAGACAUAGAAAUAUGGUCAGAAGAUGACAAUGGCAAAUUACUUCUGCCAUUAAGGAGUUGUGCGCAAAGGAGUAUAUUUUUGAUUGGAUAAAACUUGUUCAUUAAAAGAGCAAAACAUACUAAAUUCUUCUUUACAGUCCAUUGUCUUCUCAACUAUAUGAAUUGGAGGGACCUUCUAGUUUCCUUUCCUUCCUCCCUCAAAGAGUUUUUGUAUCAUACUUGUCACUUCAUAUAUUAACCUGAAACUGUGUUUGAUCCUAGAAUUCUAGCUUUGCUAAUCACUUCUUUUAAAGAAACCAGCCUAGGAAGGUAUGGAGGUUAAACAGCUAACAUGUUAUACAGUAUUGGCUAAAUUUGUGAAGAAAUCCCAUUGAGUUACUUGGGGCCAAUCACUCUCUCUCUCUCAAUUUAAUCUGAGAAGUAUUGCAAAAAAAAAAAAAAAAAUUGGAGGAAAGAAUUCCAUGUUGGCACUCUCUGCUCCUGUAGAUAAAGCAGGCUAUAAAUUUAACAAACAAAGAAAUUAAGAAAAGAAAGCACAUUCAUUGUACUUUGGUAUUUCAAAAGCAUGCUAAAGUAUCAAAACUUUAUAAGCAUUUUAAAGUAUCAAAAUCAUCCCAAUCCAUUGUUCCUAUUUUACCAGCAAUCGUUUCUGCUUCUUUCUGGAAUGUUAAUUCCAGCCAAGAUGUCUAACAAGCCAUUGCUGGAAAUAGGAAUUAGAAGUUUCCCCUUUAGACCUGCCAUAUUCAAUGGCCAAUAAGUGGCUUCAAACCUUUAUCUCUUUGUUGCCAGCUAAUAGUCAUCUUGAUUUUUACAGCCCUUGUAUGAUCUGUUUACUCUUGUUUAUCUCUUAGCAAUUGAUAUUCAGGAUAGCAGCCCUGGGGAUCUGCAAAUUUGGUUUUGAAAACAUUAUGGAUGUCUCUGGAGAAAGGGUGAAGGGAAGGUAUGCCAUUGACAAAAUGUCUGCUAUAGAGUACAAAAUCAGUUAUAAAGCAGUCAGAUUUACAGGAAUACACCACAGGUUUUUUUUUUCAGCUGUUCUCUACUUGCAGAAUGCUUUUUAAAACAGCACUGGAUAUUCUUUUGAAAAAAUACAAAGUGCAUUUAAGUGGUAGAAUCAUUCAACAUGAUAAUGAUAAUGGCUGAUGCUUUAUUUUACUGCGUUUCGAAAGUCAGAUGGGACAGGCAGUUAGUAUGAUAAUAGAGAUAUCUAUGGGCAGAUUGGAAUCCCCACCAAAAUUUUAUUGAAGACCCUGAGCAAUUAUGUUUAACUUCUCCCCCCCCCCCCUUUCUCCUUCUCUCCCUACCUCUCUCUCCCUCCCCCCUUGUGUUUGAAGCCUUCUAUCCCCUGGGGUUCAAUAGAAUUUCUGGCAGCUAACUCAACAGGUUCCUAGUGUACUAUAGGGCUAUACUUCCACUCUGCAAAUAGAUGACCACUAGAUGGCAACAAAGUUACAGAAAAUGCUAACUUUUUGCUAGUGGUUGUUGUCUGGCUUUAUUUAACCACAUAGGCUGAUUAAUGUGUUGUGGUAAGCACUUUUUUUUUGUUGAUUUUUAAUCUUGUGACUAAUAAUCAGUGACCAUGCAAGCUUGGAAAUUCUAAUUUAUGUGAGCUUCUCAGAGUCUUGUUAUUGGAGUUAUAAAAAAGAGUGUGCAAAGUAAACAUACAAAACAAACCGUGAUCGGAAUGAACUGCAUGCAACCAGUUUGUAAUUGCCAGCUGGAAGGUAGACCAAGCAUGGUUAGGUUAGCAUGAAUUGGAAAUUCAGAUUUAAACCAGUCUCUGCUGUUGAUUUGUUUGCAAUAUAUCAUAUUCUGAGCAUAUGUCAAAUUAAGCUAUCCAUACUUGGUUUCUGUGAACAGGUAUAAUAAACAUAGUUUAUUAUAUGAGUGAAUGCAGCUAGUAUAUUGAAUUCUAAUGCCAUGAGAAAAAAUACCUUAUUCAACUUCUCGAUUUACAAACUUCUAUUUAUCCCAACCAGUAAAACCAGCAUAUUAAACUAGAGAUCUUCUCUAAAACAGAAAAGAGAACUUAAAACUGUACAAUUGAAGUAUUAUAAUUUACUCUUUUUAUUUCUAUUGUUUCUGAUCUUUGUCUUGUUACAAAAAUAGCAUAUAUGAUACAUAUAGAUUUUUCCUAAAAGAACAGGUAGUAAUUGGGAAAUAAUAUGAAGGGCAAUCUUGUGUAAAUUUCAACAGUAAUAAAUUCUACUGAACUCAAUGGGACUUAAUUUCAAUUUGUGUAGAAUUAUAACCAUAGGUUAAAAAAUAAAAAUAGAGGGUUAAGCCUCAUUUCCAUCCCUAGUGCUAGAGGUCCAGUCUAAUCUGUUUUAAUGAGCAGCAGAGAGAUGCUGUGCUUAUCCAAGAUCAAAAGCACUUCUAAAUUAUUUUCAAUGUGCAAGCCCUACUGGAUGACUAUUUCUCAAAGAAUAGUUGUUAUAAUCCAAGGGCAUGGGGUUUGACCACUUGACCCUUGAGGUUUCUUCUAUUUAUUUUAUUUAAAAAAAAAAACCUUUAGCCCUUCUUCACAGAGAUCCUCUGCAUAUUAUGGUUCAUUUGAUUGCUCAUUCUGCAAAUUUUCCAGAGGAACCAUCUGUCUUUCAAACUUGGUUGCCUGGAUUAGUAUCCCAGGAAUGGAGCUGGGGUUCACCCACCAUGCUAAGCCAAAUCCAUGACUUACGUAUUUGCUGCUUAGUGCAUUGUGUGAACCCCACCCAUGUGAUUUAUCAGUUACGUUUUAUGAUUUUAGUGUGUUAUGUGAAUUCAAGUCAGUCAUAAUGUAUGACUUCAACCCAGCGUGAAAGUUGAAAAUUACUUUAAAUUUUUAGUGACAGAAAGCUAUCAUGGGAUUUAAGAUUCAUAGUAAAAAGUUAUGUUUAAAGUGACUUGGAAUGUGCUUUGAAAGAGCACUAGAGAAGAACACCAGAAUCUUUUUUUGGCAGGAAGAGUACAGAAAUAAUUUUUAAAAAAUGACUUAAGUUCCACAUUUGGUUGCACUGGGGUAUAUUUCUUUACCCAUCUUUUGAUGCUGAUGUUUCAAUUUUAGUACUUUGCCUGUGUCUAACACUUCCCCCUUCUCCGUUGUUGUAAUUUUUAAUUAAAUAAAGGAAAAGAUGUGUAUAUUUUUGGCAAUCAAGUUAAUGUAGCUAAGAUAUAUUUUUUCCAUGCUGCUUGACUGUUCUUAUUGUAAUAAAUAUUAAUAUCAAAAUCAGAAAAAUAAUAAAACCAUCCUGGGUUUUCUUUUAAUUAUAAACAUGAGUGAUGUUGAAUGGCCUUUUUUCUUCUCUUAUGGCAAAUAUAAGAAAAAAGGCAAUUGUGUCUGAAACACUAAUGCAAUUAUCUUCUUCCAAUUUUCUCUUACAUUAUAGCUUGGAGUGAAUUUUAUUGAACUGUUCUGUAAAUCCUCCCAUUGUAAUUGUUUCUUUAAAAUUCUGCAUCCAUUUUAUCAUACAAUCUUGUUCUGUUUCUGUAUCAUUUUAAUAGGAAUUUAUAUGUACAUCCUAACAGGCAAUUUUAUUUCUAUAUAAACAUUUCAAAUUUU